CCGGAAGCGAUUAGACAACCCAGCCCUGUCGUCUGAGACGACGAAACUGCAACUCACCGUCGAUCAAAAGUCUCCUGAUUCCCUUGCUUAUACAUCUACCGAGUCCUCCUAUCGACUACAGCCUUGCUUCUAUCCUCUCGUACAUACUUUAUCACCGAACAAUCAGUCAACAUAACCAAAUCAUGGCAGGACUACCAAAUCUCUGUAUGGCUGGCCUACAAGGACCCUCACCACAAGAAGCAGCAGCAACAUCCUCACCAGCCCGCGGCAAAGAAAUGCGCAUGAAUCUCCUAAACAAACUCCGCGCACCACCUCUAGUCCACGCUUGGGAUUUCUGGCACGACCGUCAAGAUCGGGCUGCUACUUCGACUUCUACAUCACCAUCACCUCCAGCUUCUUCCUCUUCUCCCUCAGACAAAUCAACAACAACCAAUUAUGAAGACAGACUUGUGCACUUGGCUUCCAUCUCCGACGUCCGCACCUUCUGGAACGUCUUUAACAAUUUCGACGUCUCCAGCCUCCCCCUCCGCGAUUCAGUUCACCUCUUCCACCGUAAUGUGAAACCUCUCUGGGAAGACCCCCGCAACACCCACGGCGGCUGCUGGACUUUCCGCGUACCAAAGGAGCGUGCUCCAGCCUUUUGGGAGCGUAUUUGCCUCCUCGCAGUGGGAGAAAAAUUGCAAGCUGCCGUGGAGUCGGACAGACAGCAAUUCAGAGAUGAUAUUUGUGGAGUUAGUUUGAGCGUUAGGUUUACCAGUGUCUUGGUGCAGGUGUGGAAUAGAGAUGCUGGGCAUGAGGAGGGUAUCAAGAGGUUGUUGGAGACGGUGUUUGCGAAUUUGGAGGUCGAGUUGAUGCCGAGGGAGAAUGGAUUUUAUUAUAAACCGCAUUAUGAGCAUGCUGCUUUUAAGGGUGGGAAGGGUAGUGGGCAGUCGCUGGUGAACAAGUAGACUGAAACACACUGGUCACACAUCUAGUGGAUGAGAAUGCAUGAGCUUGACGGUUUUUAGUUAAAAAAGGUCACUCAAAUACUGAAGAAAUUU